UUAAUUAUAUUUUUGUUCAACAAACUAAUUGAAGGAGAGGGGUUUGACGGAGAAGAAAGUAGAAACACGACGGUUCAGCUAAACAACUGCCGAAUGCUUUGUGAGUGAGUGAGUGAUGGGAAGCAACGGAGAAGGAGAAGUUUCUGUUGCUAAAGAAGAUGUUAUCGCUAAACUCAAAGACGACGGUGACUUCGACAAACUUCGUUUGAAGAUCAUUCGUAAGAUCAAAGACAAUGAAGAGUUGAGAAAACAUAUUACCUCAAUUGUAAAGCAAUCUGAGGUGCUCAAUCGCGCCGGAUCGGAAAAUAUGAAACCUAGACAGCUUUCUGAUGUCAUAUAUGAAGAGGUUGGUGAGAAUGUAAUGAGCCAUAUAUCCGAUAGUUUAUGGCAAAUAAUAAGAUCAGAUGAUGGCAUGAAAGGUGAAAUCACGGAAACAGUGCAAUCGGUCUACGAUAAACUGGCAAACCCCAAAAGGAAAUAUGAGGUUCUGUUAUCAACAUCUGAUGCAAUGCCAGUUCAGAGUAAUGGUGAAACGGCUUCAGCUACUGAGAAUGAUGAUACUUUGCAUGAAAAUGAGCCUGAAGAGCCGCCAGGUUUCACUCUCUUACCGAAUCAUGUGAAUAAUAACAAUCACGGGGAUCAGGAUAAAGGAAAAGCGCAGGUUCAUAUGCAAGGAUCCACUGCGGAGUGCAAGGAAGAUUCCCACCUGUCACAGGAUACACUUGGUAAAGAUGAUCAUAACAAUGCACCUCCUGGAUUUUCAAAAGACGCGGAACAGAAUCCAUUAGCUGAUUGUAGUGAUGAUGAUGAUGACCCCGAUUUACCGCCUGGUUUUGGUUGAUGAAUUGCAAGAGGUUGAAAUAAACAGGUUAUGUUUCAAAGGAGAAUUCAAGGUUAUCACAGCUUAAAAUUCUUAUGGAGAAUAUUCCCUUUUGCUAGAUAGUAUAUGCAGUCUCAAAGUCUCUAAUGAAUAGCCUAUGCUUGGAUUAGACACCAUUGGUAGAAGCAGAUUGGGAAUGGGACACUACACCUAUAGCAGAGAAUACUGAAAAUGACAUGAGAGUUAUUCCUUUUUGGAGGAUACUUGUGUUUGGCUAUUUGACUGCCAAUUAUUUAGUUUUUCAUGAUUUCGGGUUUACUGUUUCAACGAGAUGGAGUAAAGUACACUGCAAACUAUAGGGAUGAAGAAAGAUAACCAUUAGUAUACAAAUAAGUACAUCUGGUGGUGAAGGGAUAUAUGCCUUAAAGAUCAGGGUUAGAGGUCAAAUAUCAUGAGCACAAAUUUAAGUGAGUUUUUUAACACUCUUUUAUGUGUGGCAAAUGUUAGUAUAUGUUACUAUGUUAGACUUAUGUUGUAGGUGAGGAUAGAACCCUCAACCUCCUUAACUCCCCCUCCCCAACCAUCACUCCACUCUUUAUAGAAUGUACAGGUGAACUUUUCCUCUUAUGAGGUUCCGCAAACCGAAUAAAAAAAGAUAGCAAACCAAAAGUCAUUGAAAAUGCUACAUAGUUCAUAUUCUUUCUUCCAAUAGCGCUCUAAAUUUAUGCGUACGCUAGUGACAAAACAAACGUGAAAUGUCAAAGUCAUAUUUGAAGGUUCUAACACCUAUUGUACAAAGGUGUGUUUACUUUGAAAAUAAUGGUAAAAUCUUAUGUGAUUA